CUUGUGGGUAAAUACCGGUUUGGAGAAACGGGAAGGCGGGGGCUUGUGUGUGCAGGAUCAGCGCAAGAAAAGUUUCACUAUACACACUAAGAAACAUCAUAGAAGCAACGCUUUUUCACCAUACGUUAAUGUGGAAGAGUGAACAGUAAACGGUUAAUCUUACUGCGAUCCUGCCUCAUUGACUUCGGUUUAACCCAGUGUUUAGUUCAGAGUUUCUACACCUGCACAAGAACUCUACAGGAAAGGAUCAUGGAGAUAUUUUGAACCCUAGCUGCAUGUUGUGGAGGCAAGACUGGUGACUUCUUCAUCAUGAUCACCCUGUUCAGCACUGGCAUCCUGACUGUCAUACUGGUAUGGAUGUCUAUGGAAGUGGGAUCAAUUUACUUCAGUGAUAUAAUAGCUGGGUCCCUGAGGAGAAAAAUGAUUGUCUUCGAACACGUAUAUCUAAACGUGGAGCUCCAGGGUGCUCCUACAUCACCACAGAGGUUUGUAGAAGGACACGAGUUACAUCUAUGGAGAGAGAUAGAUGAUCUGUGCUCAUCCUUUCUCUCUGACAAUCGCCAGCAACAGCCAAGCACUACAUUUGAAGAACUGUGUUAUAUGGCCUGGAUAACUCUGCAAAAGGAUUCAGAAGAUAAAGGAGAAAGCAAAAGGUUCUUAUUUCAUUAUUCUAAGACCCAUGAUUCUGGCAAUUCUGAUUUUAUGUCCUCUGUCCUGCAUCCUCUGCUGCAGCUUGUCCCUGAGCUUCAUCUGAGAAGAAUGAAGAAAGGCAGAGGUGAUGAUGAAUAUCAAGGACUGGGUUUAAUACCAAGCAGAGGUUAUUUUCUGUUUCGGCCACGAAAUGGAAGGAGCUUGCCUACUUUUCACUAACAGGAACGUGAACAUCUACAGGAAUGGUUGAUGCAGAUGCUGAAAAUGAGUUAUGUUACCAAUAUUUAUAAAACAUCUAUUAUAUUCAUGAUAACUUUAACUACAUGAUUACUGAUUGUUAUUUUCAUAACAAAUUCACCUCAAGAUAAAAAUGAACUGUAUCAAAUGUGAAGUUGUGUUUAUCAACAAUAACUUUAAUGCAAUGCAUGUUACUGAAUUUUCUUUUCACAUUCUUUAUUUGUGAUGGCAUCAGCAAAUGUAUGAGUUGAAAUAAAAUUCAUAGUUAAGA